CGCUCUAUUACAAGAAGAAAAAGACACUCACCGAAGCCGGCCGAUGUUCUUUCAUGGUUCUUUCGUUUCUGAUAUUACCAAUGUGUUCAACAUUCCAUUUCACAGUCUUCCUUUCUACCAAACCAAGCAAACCCCAUCUCUCCUUCUAUCUCUGUAUGUUGUUGCCAUGGAUUACAGGGGAUCCGGCAGCGAUUCUUCUUCGAGGGACAAAAAGUCCAUAAGCCUGCAAAAGAAGAUAGCGGAGACACGGAGACAGAGCAAAACAGAGCAAGCACCAGACUUGACUGAUUUCAUGAAUGACAUGUUCUUUGGGACUGUAAACAAUGACAAGAACAAGUACAACUUCAAUGGGGGUGAUCGUAAUUUAAUGGAUCAAGAGGCAGAUUUUGAUGACAGUACAAGAAGCACUAGUAGCAGGUUAACCCAAGAUUGGCUCGAAGAAGCUAGACGCAUGGUCGCCUCCUCUCCUUCUCGGACUAACUCCCCGUCUCGUCUCACUGGUUCACCCAGGUUCGCUGCAGUUCCUGGUAGGCUUUCAACAUCAUCACUCCUCGAACGGAGAGACCCACUUUCCCGAUCCGCCAGAAGACAAAGAUCAGUGGAGGGAAUCAGUGAAGAAAUCCUAACGAAAUCAGCAAAACACAGCUCCCUCAACAACUCUGUACCAGUCGACUCACCGGAUAUGUCCCCUGCUUCAGCAGUGCACAAAUGGCUCUCCAACAUCCUCAAACCCUCCAAUUCACCGCAUUCAGAAGACCCCACAAAUCCCCACAAUACAAACCAAUCUUUAAACACUAACUUCGAUCCAACGGCCCCAACGUUGCCACCUCGGCUCUCCAUCCACCGUAAAUCCAGGUUCCAGACAGAGUCCCCUCCAUCUCCUCCACAGGGAAUCCCUGUCCCUUCCCGCCGAACUUUCAAGCCUGCUCCUCUGCCUGCUGACACCAAGCCACUUUUUCCACCCAAGAAUAUGGUCGAGUCUUCCCACAGGAGAUCAGUUUUAUCCUCAACAUGCGCCUUCCAGGAGAAUAAUGUGCAGGCAUUGUCUCCACCAAGAAACCUUGUGGAGUCGGCUCACCGGAGAUCAAUAUCAAAGUCCACUUGCUCUGUGGAGAAGAUUGCGCCAAAGAUUAAGGUAAAUUGGCGGCAGAAGGAAAUGGAGGAGCCAGAAGAAGCUAGUCUUAAUGGGUUUCUGAAGGAACAAAGAACCAAAAUGGAGAAGAUUUUGUAUGGGCAGAUUGAUUGCAAGGCUAAAGUUAUCCUUUCUGGACCUUCAAACAGCACUAGUUCAAUGGUGGCUGCCAUAUGCUAUGCAUGGUUGCUGGAAACUAGAGCAAGGAAGAACAAAGAGAGGACGGAGGCGUACACGGUGGUGCCUGUGAUGAAUGUAAGGAGAUCAAAGAUGUGGAACUUACCCCAGGCUGCUUGGCUCUUUCAUCAUGUUGGCCUCAAUGCUACUUCGUUACUAUUUGCUGAUGAGGUGGACUUGGAGAAUCUCUUGAUGUCUGGACAAUUAAGCAUCGUGGUUGUCGGUCAAGAUGUUCUUAGAACUAAUGGCGAGGUUAGUUCUGAGUGCACAAUUUUGACAGAUAAUUACUGUGAAGACGCCUACGAAUUACUUCAAACACCUUUACUCAACAAACUUCUGCUUGCGGGUAUCCUCCUGGACACAAAAAAUUUAAAUGGUUCUGCUAAUUGGUCUAUGACCAGAGAUGCAGAGGCAGUCCAGUUGUUACUGGUUGGCUCAGCUCCGAACUACAGAAACACGCUUUUCGAUCAACUGAUGCAAGAUGAAAGAGACAAUUCCUUUCAUGAAGUCCUGCUGCACAGCUAUGGGAAGCCUUCUACUGAGAUUCAUCGCAGUGGUGGAGUUCAAGUGGAGCAUAGAGUUCCAGAUAGAAAAUCAGCCUCUGUCGCUCCCCGUGAACCCAUCAGAGAAAACAAUGAUGUUAAGAAAUCCAAUGAUGCUAAAAAUGCAAGAACAAAUGAGGAUGCACCAAAAUCAGCGAACGCUAAUCCAACGCCAGCAGAAGCUCCUCCUGCAGCUUCAAAGGAUUCCUCCCGCGGAAAGAACAAGUUCUUCCUAUCAAAGUGGUUUGGUUUUGGAAAAUGAAGAACAGUCCACAUCAAUUUGUUUAUUGUAAAUUGAUACAAGAAUAUCAUCACAAAUUAUCGAUCGGCAGGUAAUUUUGUAGGAUGUUUUGAAAGAAGGUUGAAGUAGACUUGCAGGAAAUUUUGUGUUUGUAUCGAAAUGGUUCUAGUUGUCAUGCUAUAUCCUAUUCCAUUUAUAUUUUUGAAUCAGACAACAAUGCCAAUCUGUGUUUUAAUAGUAAGUAGUAACCCAU